AUGAGCACCCCAAACAAAAAUUAUUAGCAAUAGAGAGAGAAUAAUGAUAAGCAAAAUGAGAGCUUGAACUUUAAAAUUGAUGAUUCUUAAGUAGACGCGGAUAACACCUUAGCUUAGGUGAUUAAGGGCUUGGAGUUGGAGGCUUAUCAGGAUAUGGAUUUAAAUAGCAGUUAAAAUAAUCCAGCAGCUUUCAAGCAAAUUCAAGCAGGAUAUCCAAUGUCGAGUAAAAGCUAGCAAAAUCAAAGCUUUGUGAUGAAUAACAGCAUUUUACAUCUCAACAAUGCAGACAUCAAUGAAGAAAGAAAUAGUUUAAAUAGUGGAAAAUUCAAGAAUCAAUACAGUGCAAAAACCAACGUAUACUCAAAUAAUACUUCUCUUAUUUUGAAUGGAAGUAUAAUAGAUGACAAAAGUAUUAAAUCUCCCUAAAAGAAUAACAUAGGAAAGGAAAUUCAUGAAGAUUAAAGUUAUGAAAUCAAUAUUGGAUAGCAGCUUUAAGAAGUAGGCAAUGAAAAAAAUAAUUAUAGAAAUCAAUUAAAUGAUCCUUAAAGUUAGUUAAAGCCUGCCCUUAAAAAACCAACUCAACUCCCACCGAUUAUAAGAUAGCCUAAAAGCUAAGGUAGUAGCUAAAGAAGCUCCUUGCAAUUUCAAGAUAUCUAAAUGAACAACAUCUCAAACAAUAAUAGCAAUCAAAAUAGUGUAAUUCUAAAGGGAAAAGGUAAUGAUAAAAAUAACAUCAUCGCUGCAGAUUUAGAUCAUCAAUAAAUUGCUUUAGAUAUGAAUCAGAAAGACUAGUAAUCUCUAUCUAAUUCUCAAGUUUCAAACAAAUCUAAGAAAAUUAAUUAAGGACAAAAUGCCAAAAAGAAAAAGCUUAAACGUUGUAUAGAUGUCCUCUUCCCAAAAUGCAAGCUACGCUCUACUGUAACUGCUCUAUGUGCCUUAUUUAUAGUUUUCUUUCUUAUUUAACUUAUCUUAGAAUCUACAACUUCUUAAAAGAGAGCUUGUACAGCUUACAAAAUUGGCUGCUAGUUCCAACCAAGUGUUACAAACGAAGGCUAAGUCCAUCGUCUCUUGAUAUCAUCUCUGCUUUCUGCUUCAUGGUUUAAUAUCAUUUCAAGUAUAUUCUCAUUACUAUUUUACGGAUAUGUUUUAGAGUCUCACUAUGGAGUGGUAAAAAUGUUGUGGCUCUAUGGAGUUUGUGCUUUUUCAGGAAACAUAUUUGUUGGUUUGAUUGAGCCUUACGAAAUACAAAUUGGAGCUAAUUCAAUUAUGAUGGGCAUUUUUAUCCUUUAGAUAACUUUCUUAUAUACAAUCCGCAAAAGAAUUCCUUAAUCUAAAAAGAAACCCAUAUUAGGUAUGCUUUUAUUGGUAAUAGUGACAAAUUUUUUGUGUAUAAUUGAAAGUGUUACAGUUAAAGGCUCUAGCUAUUUAGGUGGUAUAGUAGCUGGAGUUUUUUUAUCGUUUGGUUUCUAUAAGGCACAAAACCCUUCAAAAAAACUCAUCUAUGCAUAAAGGGCUUCUUUUAUAGUUUUAGCAUUGAUAGAAUUGACAGUGUUUAUUGUUGCUAUGACUUAUAAAUUAGAUGAUAUUCAAAUUGCUGGUUUAGAUCGUUGUCAAGCUUGA